GCCGCCGCGUCGUCGCCAUGACAACGACGCGGCGGCCCCGUCACGCUGCGCAAUGGCGGAGGAGGAGGUGGAGGUGGCGCGUGAGGGCGAGCCCCGAGCGGCGACUUUGUUGACGGUUCUUCAAGAGCGACUGAGACCAUUGAACCAGAAGUCGCUGCUGCACCGCUUGAUAUAUGUGGGGCAGCUCCACCCAGACCUGGCGGACAAGCGCGAGCUUGCAGAGUAUUACGAGCGGCUGUUUGCUCGACUGCACAAGCACCACCAGGGCGAGGCGGCCUAUGGCCUGCUUCUCAUCUACCCGACGGCCGUCAUCCACACCGUCGAGUGUGGGAGCGAGUCCAUCUACGCCAUCCUCAGGGACCUCAGGGACAUGGAGCAGAGAGAGGAGAGGGCAUUGCUGCAAGGAGUCAAGAUUGUGGUGGUGUCACAUGACCUCCCCAACAGGCUUUUUCAGCAGUGGUUCUGGCAGGUGCUGAAUCUGCCCGCCACGCGACUGGAGGGAGACGGGGAAGCCACUGAGUCCACCGUGAAUUUGGCGUCGGAGGCCAUCACUCACGUGCUCAAGCUGGGACUGCACUUGCUCCAUUCCCCUAAGGUGAGCAUGCGUCAGGCACUGGAGAGCGUGCGGGAGAGACACCCGGAACUUCUGCUGCCGCAGGACACGCUGGCGCACCUACUCCACUGUCACGGGCUGCUCACCCCAGCGGAAUUCCUCACCGCCUACGAUCGCCCCUUCAAUCUCACCCUGGACUCUGAGUUGGUGUGGCCGGCGCCACAGAGCAUGACAUCGACGAUGGAAAUCGACGAGGGCCAGAAAGGAGAAACUUUAAGCAGCUGAGCGAGCCGUGCGGUGGUUUGCACCUGCCCCCAACCAACCCCGCCGGGUGGAUGGCUCCAGCACCCGGGCCACCACCAGCAGUACCGGAGGUCUCUGCAGCUGGGAUUUCCCUCUUCAGUCACCGGCCAGCCAAACCCUGCCCUCAGCCUGCCCUCAGCCUGCCCUCAGCCUGCCCACAGCCUGCCCUCAGCCUGCCCACAGCCUACCCUCAGCCUGACCACAGCCUACCCUCAGCCUGCCCACAGCCUACCCUCAGCCUAACCAAAUCUUGCCCUCAGCCUGCCGAUGGAUCUUGCAUGGUGCAUAGAGGCUGGGUGCUCUUUACACGUGUCCAUGUUGUUGGAAACUAACGAUUUUUCCGGCCUGCGGUCUUAUUCCAUUACAGGGGGGGUUGGGGAGUCCUCUCAUCAUUUGACGACUGCCCUCAGCCUGCCCCCCACGUGAUAGCGUGACAUCACAGACCCCGCCAGCCUGGAAAUAGGCGCCCACUCUCCCAGAGGAGUGACCACCCAGAGGCGGCUGUCUGCUCCACGUGUGGGGGGUUUGGUUUUCCAGAGAUGGGCAGUGUCUCUGAAUUACGUGUGAUUCAAACAAUGCCACUUUAAUUAUACUUGUAAUUUUUCAAUCGCUUUCGAAAUUACAUCAAAGUAAUUAGUAUUCUGCAUCUAAACUAAUUGGUAAUUUGUAUUACGUGAAUAUUUCAUGACAUUUC